UUUAAGCCACAUUAUCAUGCGCAUGCGUAUUAAUAUGAAACUUGAGUCGGUGUGACUGAACUUUGGCUCGCGCAGUUUCAUGUCGCUAUUGGCUGGAAGCGACAGUCUUGCGCUGCUUGACCCGCCUCUGUGUUAUGAACCGUUUCCUCCACCGCUUGGAUUCCACAACAGCAGGGUUUUAUUUAUCGCAUUAUAUCUCUAAAUUAUAAACGUAGUUCGUGGAGCUGCCGAGGGAUUUUCCUUAGCCUAAACCGCUGUCGCUCUGGCCAAAUGAGGAACCACAGAAUCCGGAUGUGUUGCUAUGGCUCUCGGAGUUGACAAGGCCUUAUCAGACACCUCCUCGCAAAUGGAGAACACCAGCUAUGGGAGGUGGAAGACCAGGAUCCCGGAGUUCAUUCACAGCGGUCAAACUAGACCCCUCAGUCACAGAGCAGUUGAGAGGACAAGGCCUGCGAAUGUCCAGGACGCCAAGGACUCAGACAAAGAGAGGAGUGGCAGCAAAAAGACAGUCACUAUGGCACCUGUUUCCAGGUAUAUGCCGGACAAAAGCCUCUAUAUCAUGAGAAAACCACUGAUCUCCACACAAUGGCAGGUGCCCAUCCUGAAGAACUCAUCUACACAUGAAGACUCAGAAAGGAUUAGUUACAAAGCAGAUUCCCCUAAAGAAAAGGACAAAGGUCUGUCUAAACAGUCAUUCAGACGUAUCCCAGAAGAUUCUACAUUUUAUAAAUCCUCCCCACCAUUAUCCAGAGAAGACCUGGAUACCUCCAUGAGCGUAUCAGACCUCAGACUGUGGUCAUGUGACAAGGAUCCUAUUUUUCACUCUUCAGCUGCCAAACGCAGUCUGUCCAGUUCCCCUUCAGCUUCUUUGAGCCUCACAGCACCCCCAGUGCCUAAGUGGACAUCCACUACUAGAAGCACUUCUUACUCGUCCAAUCAUGCGUCUCAUUUCACAAGAAAGGUAAAAACAAGACCAGGUGAGAUGAUGGACAGAGGAAGAGAUUCUCUUCUUAACACAGGAUCUUACAGUAAGAACCGUCAACAUGAGUUUAAACACAUGUCGCCUUAUCAGGCCAACUAUUGGGCCUGUGCCAUCCCCAACUCUAUGCCACCCUCUCCAAACCGCAAAUCCCCCGGUUGGGAUCCUGAAAAGGAGUACCAGGAGCUCCUGGACUACACGUACCCUCUGAGACCCAACACGGCUGGUACAUGGGGUUCAUCAGAGGUGGAUCUUCUCUUGCGAACCGAUCCAUUGUUGCAAGACUCAGGCAUUGAGUUGGACCGCUCUUCCACUCUGUCCUGUUUAGACCUGUCCUAUACAGGGAUUCGACAGGAACGGUGUAGCCGAGGAACAGCGCAAAGGUCAACUGAGUUUUGUACUCUAAACAAAUCACAUUCUAAGUCCUUAGAUGGCAUCAUGUCCAGUAGCCUGUACUCUUCACUAGACCAAGCUGGCUUGUCAGUGGAGAGUCUGGACUGCGACGGGAAGCCACAGGGCCAUUAUCGUAAAUUUGGCAUCUUCUCGACAUUCAGACCAGUCCCCACUUUCAUUAGUUCAACACAUAUCCUUCCUCGUCCUGAUUCGCUGGACGAGUUGGACGAAGAGUUUCUUCGCCUACCAGAACGGCUUCAAGAACUUCAGGUGCUUUCACAGCAGCUGAGGGACAUAAGUGACCAGAUGAGCCAACCAGUCAUCACCAGCUGGGAAUCCCAGGAGAGCGAGAUCACCUCAGUCCGAUCACCAACGGCUCAAGUGGGAAAGCAGGAACCACUGGUGGAAGAAAGGAGCGAUGAAGAUGUUGAAGCAGAAGGGGGAUCAAUUCCUCUCACACAUAAGGAUCAUUUAGAGAGAGCAAAAGAGCCUGGUUCCACAAUCCAGAUGAUUAGCCAAAACAUGAAUAGGAGGAACCUGAGGGAGGUGGAAGCUGUUAUGGAUCAACUGAGCGGACUGUCAAUGUCAGCGCUUCAGAGGACAAUACAAACGGACCAGAAUGAAAAUGAGACCAAGGAGUCACUUAUGCAUCACAUACAGGCAUUUUGCUCGAACCUAGAAAAGCUGAUUCAGUGGCUGCACAAGGUGGUAGACAAAGUAGAAGUUCUUUCUCCUCCCAUGGUUGACUUGGAGAGCGUCAAAGCCUCCUUGGCUGAUUACAAGAGUUUUCAGGAAGAAGUUCAGGCUCAUAAGCCCCUUACAGCAGAUGUUCUGCAGACCGGAGAGCUGCUUUUGCAUUGCAUGAAUUCAGCCUCUCCAUUUCUGAAAGACACACUGGUGCUGAUAGAGAGGCAGUCUCACACACUGGAAACUCAUUCAGAGUAUCUUUUCUCCUCUAUCCUGUCAGCCAUGGACUGCCUCACUGACCCCAGAUCUGAGGAAGCAUCAGAAGCAGUUUCCUGAGAAUUAUUAGGAGUCUGGGAAGGCUCACUGUCUUCACUGAGAUGUCCUUUUUGGUGUUUUCACAUCAAGGAUGAAAAACGCUUCUUACUUGACUCACCAUUAUCUUUGUUUUACACGGUUACUGUAUCCAGAAGUGGUAUUAUGUGCUGUUGUCACAAGCUUGAGUUAUCUUUCACAACAUAUGUGAUACAUUUUUCACUUUGUAUUUUUACACACCAGCUUAUGAUUGUCAAUUUUUUUAACUCAAAAAUCUCCUGUGAUGGCUCAACUUAGUAAUACUGUUUGACUGAAGAGGUGCACAGACAUGGUGCCAAUCGUGAUUGUGAUCUCAGGUUAUUACCCUAUUAAGUUUUAAUGGAGAGCAGUCCAGCCUCCAUUAGCAUCCCUGCAGCUUUAGUUUCCCUUCUGAAUAACCUGUGCCUCAAAGAUAUAUUGUAUUUUUUGACUGAUAAUUAGUGUGAUUAAUGGUAUCAUUAAUAUAUGAACAUACUGAAUAUGUGAAUAAUCUGUUUGGGGAAAAUUCAUACAUUUUAAAUAAUUUUUUUUUUUAUUAUUAAUAGUGUUACAGCAACAGUUCACCCAAACACUUAAAUUGUCAUCAUUUACUCGUCCUCAUGUCAUUCUUCCGCUGCACAUAAAAAAUAUAUUUUGAGAAAUAUCUGUUUGUUUUGUCCGCACAAUGAAAGUCUAUAGUGUCCAACGUUGAUUACUUAUCGGCAAAGUUCGAAAUACCUUUCUUUGUGUUCCUUGGAAGAAAGAAAGCUUGGAGUGAGUAAAUGAUGACACAAUUUUAAAUUUGGGGUAAACUACCUCUUUUAAGGAGAAAACAAUAUCAGUGUGUUAACAAAUGAAUGAAAUGCAAUAAUAAUAAUUUGUGGAUUCAGCUGAAUGAAUUUGACAGCAAACUAAAAACCUCAAAAUUUUGAAGAACUUGUAGAGAUCACAAAUUGAGGUGCAACUGUUUUUACGUUGACAGAAAAAGGAUUUUUAACAAUAAACAUUCUCCUUUUUGAAAGUUUUGUUAUUUUGGUCAAUAGGUUAAAAUCUACAUUUCUGUACAAGUUUUGAUAUGGAUGCUUUUAAUAUUUAAUUUAAUUUUAAUACUUUAAAUAAAUUUAAAAUGACUUAAUUCCAUUUAUGCACAACGUACUCAAGGAUUACCAUUCAUACAUACAGAAUCACAUACAGUAUUAAAAUUGAAUUAGAAGAUUUAAUGAUUUUAAUCUAAAAAGUAAAUCAGUUAUUUCAGAGGGUGGAUGCUAUCAAGAUCUCGGUUAUUCUACAAGAUCCAUGAACCAGUAUUAUUAACUAAAACUAAAUGUGUUUAUUGAAAAAGCUGAAAUAUAAUCCAAAACUUGAAUUGCUGAUGAUACACGGGGCAACUUAUUUUAAGCAGUGUUGCUUGGCCACUUUUCCAUUGAGAAGGGGUAACAAAUUUCUCUCUGGAUACUUGAGAUCAGUCGUGGACCCUGUGUCUCAAAUGGUUGCCCAUUGACGCCAACAUUGCCCAAAGUUGCCCCGCGUAUCAUCAGUCUAACUUCACAUUAACAAAUAAAACGGAAAUUAAAUAAAGCUUAAUAAAAAUUUUAAAUCCAAUAAAAUUGACAAAAUAUAAAAGAAAUAUAAAAGAAUUUAAAAUAUUAAUAAAUACUGUAUUAGUAUGUAAAUGAU